UGUUUGUUGUAGGGUUCUCACCCCGACAGCCUGUACCGCGUGGCGUCGCACGGCGGGUCGGGCGGCGGAAAGGUGGCGCGUGUCCUGCGGGUGUUGCGGUGGCCGACGGCACUGCUGCUCGUCUGCAUCUCACUCUCGGUCUUUGUCUACUUCCUCAUGCCAGAUAACAUAAACACAGGCAUGGAUUCAGCAAACGGCACAUAUUGGGACCCAGUGGCUGCCAGCGCGGGAGCACAAACCUACAAAGGAGUGGGCAGAUCAGAAGAAAAGCCUAAACUGAAGAAUUUCACGCAACCACAAAGUACGAAAACGACCGAAAUUGAUUUCUACGAUGCUGACACUGAAAGAACACAUGAAACACAAUCAAACGUGAUAUCAGCUACUCAAUCUAGUGCAACAAAUAAGUUACCUGCCCAACCAGUAUUCCCUGAUCAUCUCACACCAGAAGUACAAUACGGAAAUGAAAAAGCUGAUUCUGAUAAAUUAAGAAACGCCAAAAUGAUUGAAGAAUCUAAUGAUGUACCAGAUGACUCUACGUUGAAGCCACACAUAACCCAGAAACCGGAGAAACCAUUGCAAAUUUUCUUUAAAGAUGGCAACGGUGUUACUACAACCACAAGUACAGAGACCAUAGUUAAAGCGGAAACGCUUAAUGACUUGACAAAUUACGGGGAAAAGUUCACUACGAAGAGAACAGGAAGUCCCGCCUUCAAACCGCAACCGCCAGCGUACAGGCAAUAUUAUGUCUUUUCGGAUAUCAGUAGAAAGACAACACCACAAGUUUAUCAACAUGAUCCAGAAGUUCCAUCAAAGAACCAAGAGUUUUAUCCACCAAGACGGCCUGCUAAUGUGGACAUCAGUUUCACUUCAGGUCAUUCUAAACUUUUUGGUAUAUCCAUUGAAGAUGCAGAGAAGAUGAAGUCGACUACUCAAACCUCAACAUAUAACACUAGGGUGUCGCCCACACUUCCGACGUGGCGAGAUGGCGAUGACUCUACUACGAAAAAGUACCCAGUCAAUAUUAAUUACGACGUACCUCAAUGUGGGUCGACGAGGCUGGCUUUCUGUCGCGGCGUGCUGCCUUACGACCUGGCUGGGCCCUCUGCGAUUGUCAACGGCGUGGAACUGCUGCAGCUGCUGCCACAAGUGGAAUACUUGGUCGCCACCAACUGCAGCGAGCGUGUUCGCCAGUUCAUGUGCGCACUACUGGAGCCCGAAUGCAAUCCGCCUCCGUACCCUCCCAAAAUGCCGUGCUACAACCUUUGUAAAACAAUAACUGAUAGCUGUGAGGGGCUAAUUCCGCGUGAACUGUCUGCUGCGUUCAACUGCAACCAAUACUCUUCAUCGAACUGCGUGGCAGCUAAGAGUCCGUGCUAUCAGCGCGAGUUCCAAUGUGGAGAUGGCUCUUGUGUGCCUAGAGACUGGAUCUGCGACGGUGCUCAGGACUGCGCUAAUGGGGAAGACGAGGCUAAAUGUGUUAUUUGCGAACCGAAUGAGUACCGAUGCGAAUCCGGAGGAUGCAUCCAAAGCCGAUGGAUGUGCGACGGUUAUUCAGACUGCCCGAACGGCGAGGACGAGUUACCUACAGUGUGCGAGGCGCACGGUGGCGCCCGCGCCGAGUCGCACCCCGCGGAGCCCGGUGAAGAGUCCGCCGGCUCUGCACCCGCGCCCGCUGUGAGGAAACCUAACCAGCCGCAACCGUCUAGAAGCGGAAGAUUCAGGAAUCAAAAGAUAGGAGAUAAUGACAGCAGCAAGGAGCUCCUCGUCACAAGUGAUAGUAGCAACGCUCUAAGAAGAAAUUUCACACGUCGUCCAUCUUUGUCCCGGCUAACACCUUACACUCGACCUGCUCUAAAAGAACCAAAAGUUAAACCACAAGAACCCCCUAAGGAAGAAAACGAAGAAAACUCUACAGUAAUCCUGCAUGUCGAGAGAAAGAAACCGACUAACCUUACACCAAAACCAGAGUCCGUAGAAGAUGUGAACAUUGGUGAUCUUGGGUUCUUUGAGGACGCAGAGAAGGAAGUCGCAAACACUGAGAAACCUGAUAGUUCACCACAGCAACCAAAUACUUUUGCUGGAGUACCAACAGUACCGGAUCCAGACCUAACGCAUCUGGAUUCCACUAUUAACAAACUGGAAAAAGUUAUUGACGGAGCAUCCCUGUUGAGGAAAGCUGUGGCCCAACAAGAAAUUCAGGAUUCCCCGGAAUCGAAUAAUACUACAGUGGAGAAGGAGGAAUUUUCUGCACCAGUUUUCUCACCGGGAUCUGUGAGUGCGCACGCAUCACCGUGCCCCAGUGGUGAAUUACGGUGUGUUGACGGCCGUUGUAUCACCCUUGCACAACUCUGCGACGGAACCAUCGACUGCACUGAUCACGCCGACGAAGACAACUGCUACGCGUAG